CCGACAAUAAACAUGGCAUGUUGGUACAAUGUAUGUAACACAACUUUCGGUAAAAAGAUUCUUAACGUGUUGGUACAAAAUACGUGUCACCCUGAACUCCUUUACGUUUGACAUCACAAGCUUGAUCAAACAUAAACCUGUACCCUAUACUUACACACUCAUCCUAACCUCCGGAAAUAACAUUGACGUGUUAGUACUCUGUUCGUGACUCAGAACUCCUUGCGGUGAAGAGAACAGAUUCUAUUUAGCACGUUUGCAUUGUUGUUGGUCUGUGUUCGGCAUCAGCAGCGGAGAAAGGUUGAAGAUCUCUUCAAACAGCGUAACAAAGAUUUCAUCAGUGAGCUGUCUGACAAUCAGUUACCGCGUUGAAGGUAAAAUCGAGUUUGUUUUGAAAAUAGUUGUACGUGCGUGAGUCCACCGCCGUGGUUUGAGUAAUUUUACAAUUUCAAAUUCCUAUUUCUGUCGAAUUUUUUUAAUCAAAGGAGCCAUUUUUAAUUUUAUCUGAAACGAACCUGAAACAGUGCCAAAUAGCGCGUUUUAGCAAGCCUUGAAUUAUAAUAAAGCCUUUUAUUAUAUUAUUUGAUAAAGCGCACGUAUUUCUUUUCAAGUAAGUGUUUGCCUUAGAUAUGUAGAAUACUUGCCUUCGUAAGAACGUACUAACUCUCUAGACGCACACCUCGAAUUAAAUCGAUCUUGAUGAUUAAAGGGGGUAAGUUUCUCAAAAAAAGUGUGGUGCUGCGUCGCUGGGUGGUAUUAUGAACUGGGCUGGUAAUGUAAAUUGGCACCCUGCAAAGCUGACGAGCGUUUGCCCUUCAUCGUGAUCAAAGGGAAUGAUUUAGGCACGAUUUAAGCUUAUUUGGAAAUAUCAGGUAAAAAUUAUACAGUACAAAUUGUGAAAUGCCAAGCAGUCUUGACGCAAACAUUUUUGAAUACGUAACACGUAAGACUUGCAUAUUACAAUAUUCACACAGCAAUCACGCACAAUUCACCUGCUGUCAGUUCUAAGUUGUAAAUAAAUUCAGAAGACAUACGUAUCUUGACGGUUAGCGGCCGAUGAAGAGCAAUGUUUCGUAUCAACUUAUGUGUAUGAAUGAAAAACUUGCCUUUUGAGGCCUAUGAGUUACGAAUUUUACUAAAAAAUUCGAACUAAAUAAAAAAGGGUCAUCUUGAAGCAAUCUCGUAUUAGUUUACAUAAAAAUUAUCUCGUGUCACGUUCGUCACGCAUGGAAUGAACUCGAGUGUGGCGUGCUUAAUAGCUGACAUGUAUCGGCUUCCGGAGACCAACAUUGUGAUCGUGUACUAUUCAAGGAACGCCAUUUAACAAAACACUUUAAACUAUGGCUAUUUUAAUCGCUAUGGCGCUUCGGAAAAGACAAUUCUGCUGACAAAAUUCGCAUUUAGAGUUAUCAUUCUGGCCACCUGUGCCCGCCGGUGAUGCUUUAAUGUGUUAAUAUAUCAUGUAGAAUUUACAAUCUACAGUUAGUAUCAUUAACACUCCUUCGUUUCCUUUAGUAAAAAUCUGCCUCCUACCUGGUUCUCCGAGUACUUAACUUUCAGAUACCACAUGAAACCUUAAAAGACAGCCCCGGCCAGCCUUUACUUCUUUAUUUCGAUAAAUUUUUUUUCUAGCCACUAACUCACGAUUUCAGGUCACCAAAGGCCAAAUUUGAACAAAACAAGGAAAAAAGUUGAGUUUAGAACUCUAUAGAAUAUACCUAAAGUCGUAUUUGAACUGAUUCACAGAUUUCGAUGAAAUUUCCGCACAGCUCCAUAUACUGUUGUAAACAAAACAAAUCUGUUUUCCCAAUGGCGAUGUAUUGUUUUUGUCAUUGUUUACUCUAUCCAAGAACUUAAUGCAUAGUGUAGUAUGCAUAUGGGACUGUGCGGAAAUUUUAUCCAUAUUUCAAUUAGGAUCGAUGGGAAAAAGCGAAUCUCUAUUUUCAAGGUAUAGCUUCGAUACUACGUAUGCGUCGCUCCUUCGUGUUUAUAACUGUUUUGUGCUGUGUAAACAAUGAACAAUGUUAGUAUUAGAAUCGAACAUUAUUUUCAAUCUGCAGGUCCGAGUCGUAUGGUCCAAGUUGAUAUCCGCAAUAUGAACACAAUAUUUCUUCACACAAUAACAGGUAAAUUUAUAUCUCUCAUAAAUGUACAGAAAGAAAUUAACGUAUAGUCAAUGGUUACAUAAUUAUGUGCAAGGCAGUAUGCUUUUGUAAACAAAUAAUUUAAUGAUACAUUUUUCUAGUGUUUUUUUUCCCCAUAUAUCUCAAUAAAUUUUCUGGCUCAUAAAAGUAAAUAUGAUCAAGAUUGUCAAAUAUUCAAUUAGCAAAACUUACCUACCUGUAUAUUGCUGUUACAGAAUGUAUAUCACGAACUAACUUUUUCUUUUGUUUUCUCAGUGUUUCUAGCAGUGAAUGUUGGCCAUGUUGGUAAGACACUUUUUAUUCUAAGUAUCUAAAUUGUGAAUUUCUCCCAAGUCAGUAAAGUCUUUAGUCGUUGAUUUAGUACACAUGAACAGGAUAGUUAAGUAAUUUAUCCGUACCUGCCACAAAUUGACAAAUUUGUAUUUCAUUGGGAUCAGUCUUCAAUUUCAGUAAUAUAUUGAUGGGGUGAAUUUGUGGAAAUAACCUCAGAUACUACAAUGACAUUGCCAUACUGUGUACAGGACAAAAUACCCCAUCUUUUAACCCUUUAACUACCAAGAUCUGAUAGUUAAUUCUUCCCUCUAGCUGCUUCAUAUUUCCAUGUAAAUAGGUUACGAGAAUUUGGUGUCAGAUCAAGAUAACAACUUUGACCUGAUAAGUAUCAAUAUUCUUGUAACCUGUUUGCUGGAUAAUGUUUAUAUAUCAUAGGGAGAAGAUACUUAUGAAUCACUUCUAGGAGUUAAAGGGUUAAAGGUUUCCAGUGCAUGAAAAUUUUGCAUACUGUCCAGUUUCACAGGCAUGAUAUCUAGACUUUCCUGUAAAUGAUACUGACAUGCGCACUGCCCUAUUAGUUCACUAAUUAUGCUAUCAGAGAAUUUUGUUUAAUAAUUACAAUAAACUUGAAAUGUGGAGACCAUGCCAUGAGUUAAUAACCCUUUACACCCUUGCAUCUGGGUGUAUUUUCUCCCUACUGUUCUCUACACCUUUCAUGAGGUACUGACAAGGAGAAUUUGUUUAAUGAGAGCUUCUAUGGUUGGAGAUCAUUGAUUUGAUUCUCUUGACCCUAAUAUGCAAUUUGAGGGUGGUAUUGUAAAGAGAUAUUAGAUGCUAGUUACUCUUAUGAACCCUGACAAACUUAAAUUAAAAGUUCUAUGUCUUAUGAAAGCUUUUUUGUUUAUCAUUUAUGAUAUUGUACUGUGACUGGUACACAGUAACUGUUUCACUAUGUUUGUCUGCGUUCAUAGAAUCCUUAGGCUGUGACCAAGAUUACACAAGUUUCAGUGGUACAGUAUCCUCACCAUCAUUCUCAAGUCGUUCAACUUAUGAAAACUCAUUGGAUUGCACAUAUGACAUUGAAGUUGGAAGUGGAUAUGGCAUAAAACUAUCGUGGUCAACAUUUGAUGUCAGGGGUGAAAUGCCAGACUGUUCUGAAGAUUCAGUGGAGAUUUUCAUUGGAUGUGUGUCUAACAGGCAUUCAAUUGGAAAAUACUGCUCUGAAAAUGGAUACAAGCCAUUUGAUGUUUACUCAUCAGACAACUGCUUGCGCUUAGUGUUCAAGACAAAUGCCUCUGGUGGUGGCAAAGGAUUUCAAGCCUCUUACUCAUCAUUCCGUCUAUCUGGUAAUGUUCCUCAAUUAAUAAUCAAUUCUUGAAAAAAAAUUUGUGUUAGAGAGGACACAGUACUUGACAACUGAAGCUGUGGUAAUGGGUGGGUACUCAGUGAUAAUCAUGGAAAACCUGGAAAGUCUUAUAAUAAGACUAAAUAUCAUUUUCCUAGCCUGAUGAUUUCAGGAAUUUUAGUAGGGUACUGUAAAGUUAUGGAAACUACUGAAUGUGAGAGAAAUACUUUUGAGAAACUACUCAUAAAAAAUUACCAUCGCAAUUUUUUUUUUUUUUUUUUACACUUUGGAACCAGCUUCUUGGAGGUAUAGCUCUUGGAAAACAUACAAAGAGUAGUCUUAAAUAUGGUCACAGAAGUUGUGGAAAGUUAUUUCAAAAGUGCACAAACCCUAUGGUAGUCUGCCAGAAGAAUUUAACAUUUGGUAAAGCUGUGAGGGUUCUAUUUUAUUUAAGACACUGAGGGCAGGACAAGUAAGCAAAAUAAACAAAUUAUUAAAUACAAUUCCAUUAUGAAAACUAAAUUAUGCCCUAACUGUGUAUUGCCAUCACAUGUUUUACUUGAUGUGAAGUUGAACAGUGAACAUGAUAACAGCAAAAAUGGCUCUAAUUAUGUAUGCAACACUUGUGUUAUUAUGAGCAAGGGAUUGACCUGUCACUGUGAAGAUGGUUUGAAUUUCACUAUUAGACAGACUUAAUAUUAAUAACAGAUUUUCAAUAAAAAUUUAUGUAUCAAACAGUCUUGGUUGAUAAUUAUGUAUCUUAUCUCUAAGAGAUGGCAUUUCUUUGCCUUAAUGCAUACCAUAUAUGAAUGUAAUGCUAUAUAAUAUGUUUAUCAUAUGUUUUUAUUGAGGUACAUGUAUUUAAAUAUGUUAAGUGCAAACUACAUUAACUGGUAUACCAUUGUUUUAUGGAAUUCACAGAUCGUCAAAGUGGUGUAGGAGGUAUGUGUUCAAAGCUGUCAAAAAAAUUAUAUACAGUUCUGUUUGUAUUUUCUUCCACUUCCUGCAUGCUACAUGAACCCUAGCUAUCACCUAACUGUAUUUAUUAUCAAUAUAUGCAUGAUCUCAAGCUACAAUAUAAUUUAAUUGAAAGCAAUGCUCUCAGUAAUAAGGCAGAACCAUUUAACUCUCAGAUCAAAUUUUUAAUUCUCCUUAUUGUCAACCACACAAUACUCAGUAUCAUGUUAGUUCAGAGAAUUUAGUGUUGGAUCAACUAAUUACCCCCAAACUGAUAUCUUUCUACAUUCUCAACACCUAUCUGGUUGGUAUUGUAUUGAUAUUGAAAGGAGAAAUUCUGUCUUGGUCACUAAUGGGAGUUAAAGGGUUAAGUAUGAGAAUUUGAGGUAUGCAUUUUUUUUUUACUUUGCCUUAAAAGCUCCAUUUUAUUCUAGUUUUAAUGUGUCCUAAAGCAAAUCGCCUAUAGUUAUUUUGGCAUAUAUAUUUAUCAAAGUAUAUACCUACAAAUAUGGAGAGAUGACUAGCAAUAACUAUUUAGAGAGGGGCUGUGGAGCAGCUAUUAAUGGCAUGGCCUUUGCCUGUAAUGAUUGUUAUACUUUGAUGUAUCAACAACAACAAAUUAAAUAUCUUACAACUAGUCAAGUUGCUACAUUAUUCAGAGUAAGUUAAUACAAACAGUCCCAGUAUAACAUAACUUGAAUAAUGGUUAUUGAGUUUGAUUUGUAGCAUUUUUUCUCUUUUUCUGAAAAAGAGAGAUGUUUCUCAACAAAGACCCUCACUGCAACAUCUGGUGUGAUAAGCUCUCCAAAUUGGCCCCAAGACUAUCCCUCCCACAGAGACUGUUACUGGAAGAUUGAGGUUGGAAAUGAGAGGAGCAUUAAAAUAGCUUUUAUGGACUUUGAUUUGGAAUAUGAUAAAUCAUGUGAUGAUGACAAACUCAAAGUUAAAGGUGGGAGGAAUUUCAGUACUCUUUAAAAAUGAUCCAAUUAACAAACAGAUUCCAUGUUGCCGUGGGUCUUUUACGACAGUAGUAGAUGAUAGAAGACAUAAAAAUGCAGUAAGAACAAAAAAGUAGCAGAAGAAAUGCAGAAAAGUGUGUCAUUGAUGUUCCUGCCACAUUUUGAAGUCUUUUGUGAUCUAUUACUGUACAGGCCCCCGGCAACAUAGAAUCUAUUUGUUCUAUAAUUAAGAGACAAAACAUUGUUAAUAAUGGUAAUAAGACUGAGUGGAGUCCAACUCGGUCUGCAAUUAUACAAAUGAUUGACAUAAUUGGACAACUGUGAAGCGGGAGUCCAAUUUGUCAAUCACUUGUAUGAUUAACUGUUAUCAAUUAAUCAUAACCAAUGCAAUUUCUGAAAAAAAAAUACAAUUAGCACAAACAUCUCCAGUAGGGACAAUGUCUAAAGCAAAAAAUUUGGAAAUUUCCCAGUUUUUUCUUUUUCAGGGUAAGUGGUUUUUGCAAUGGUUAUUGUGAUCAAUUUCCUCAAAUCACAUUUGAGGAAAUUGUAAUGGUUAUGCUUAAUGGUGAUAUUGUCUUGGUGUCAGUUCUUCAAUAUGUGAUUCAGUGUACGAGUAAUUCAGCUUAUUAUAUAGGAUUAGACUUGGAUUAGACUUCACAGCACUUAAAUUUGUAACUUAACACUCUAGAACUCUAGAUAUUUUUGUUUCCUUGUGGCUUGAAAACCCAAAUUACAUAUUUAAGAGGAUAUAUUUUCACAAGUGUAUAUGUGAUUACCUCCAAUAUAUUUCAUGGAGAAUGAGGAAAAAGAUCAGAGGAAAACACAUGCGUCAAAGUAAAUUGUUGUAGCCAUUAAUUAAUUGCCUUGGAGAUCAGAACAAAAAGGGACAAUAAAAUUUUAAUUCCUCUUAAAUUGUGUUAUUAUUUUUGCCUUUUAGAUGGAAAUGAUCAUGAUUCGUAUGACAAGUCUAAAACCCUCAAAGAGUCAAAGUGCGGUAAAAAAAACCCAUUCUACUUUACAUCAUCAAAGGAGAGAAUUUGGAUCAGAUUUAAGUCAGACAGGUUUACUAACCAGCGGGGGUUUGUUGCUGGCUACGUCAUGUAUGAUAAAAGUAAGUGCUGCGCAAAUAGUCUCUUAGGGCUCCGAAGAGUUUCCUGAAUUGUUUGCUCUAUUUUAUAAAUCCAUUCAACUUUGCGACAUCGUAAGAGAAUUUUAUUGAUGGUGCAGCUGAAAAGUAAUGUCAGCCAAGAAUUAAUCCUCUUAUUCUGAAAAUAUGUAAGGAAAAUUUUAAAUUAUUUGGAACUGACAAGCCAGUUGCAUUUAGUUUACAAAUUCAAAGGUUUUUCGAAGCUAUUUCUGGCACGGAACUUUUGAAAAUUUUUUACGUGGCGUUUCACGAGACAAUAUUGUACGUAAUGGUGUCCAAGAUCUCAUGAGGUGAGAACUGAACUUUUCCCUCUUCACAAGUGCUCCAUACCUUUCUUUGCAUCCGAUAGGUAAGUUCCGAUAUCAUUCUGUUUUGGUGCAAAAUUUCGUAACUUUUGAUCCGGUCCCAUUUUGAAGGUCCAUCCUAUGUUAUCAAUCGCGUUCAGAAAAGUGCGACGUAGCGGCCGUCACUCCGUGGUUUGCGCAAGAAAACAAAUCUUGUCCACUCCAUAUGCCCGCCAUAUUGCAGAAAAUAUCCCAGGCGUUAUACAUUUGGCCUUGGCGGACUAAGGGAAACUAGAAACCAGGCUUCUUAGCAAGCUGACGAGUUUUGGAUUUCCAAGCAAUAAUUAUGUUGUUGAAUAUCGCUGUGAACUCGACCAUAAAGCUUCAACACUCUUUUUAGCAAAUUAGGAGUAGUAUCAGUACUGGCGUGGUAUUUUGGGUGUCGUUUUUUCCCUUCGAAGAUAAACCGCCAUUGUUAAGACCGAAACAUCACAUGAUAGGCAUAAACUAAUCAGAUAUUUCGAAGGACAAUCAGAGGGUUGACAGCCCAUUUGAUAUUGCUGAGUGGCCCUGCGAUCUUUGAUUCCACUUUUUCAACGACAGUGUAGUAAAAAUAUAGGAUAAUGAGACAUGUUUUUGAGUUACAUAUAUACAGGCGUUUAAACCUUUGAUUGAGAAUAAUUACAACAGGUUGAGAUGUCGCUAUUUUGACCUUUCAGACUUCUUUACGAGGUCUUAAUUCUUCCUUCCUCAAUUAGGCAGUUCGAAAAAAUAUUAUCUAUUUCAUUGAACAGCCCCCGUUAGCGCUAAGACUGUUGGUAUCGUGAUUGGCGUCUUGGUGGCAGUUGUUGUGAUUGCCAUUGGUGUCUUCGUCUUCUACAAAUAUGUUUACCAAAAGAAAGUCAGGGCACGGGCGCCACAACAGAUGGCUGUAGCACAUUCUACUUCCCAACCUCAGCAAGUGGCCAUGUACCCUCCUUCUGCAGGGCCUCAGCAAGGUUACGCACCACCCCCCUACAAUCAAGGGGCGGGAGUUCCUUACCCCCCGCAAGGUAGGUUGGUUGAAACUGUUGGUCAUCUCAUUAUCAGGGUCCAACAGACGAGGUCAAAGUCUAGAUCGGGGAUAAAGGAUGGUUGAGGGGCAAGGGUGCUUGCUUUCCACCUUUGUGGUACAUGUUCUAUUCUGGAACCUGGAGCCAAACGUGGGUCGAGUUUGUUAUUAGUUCUCGUCCUUUCUGGGGGGUCUCUCUUCCAGCUUGCUGUUUUUCCCUUCUCCACAAGAAACCACGAUUGCAAAUCCCAAGAGGAUCUUUAAAACAAUGGAUAAAUAGGCACCGUGUGGAAGCGUCACUUCUUGAAUCCAAUUUAUUUAUCAAUCAUUUUUAAUUUUUUUUUUUAAUUUAGAGAAGAAAAAGUCCAGUCCACAAAACACUUGAUUUCCCUUCCUAGAACCUGUCCGAUAUAUAACUGUUAAUUCCAAAGGCUACAAUUGUAGUGACAGAUCACUCUGCGUUGCAAUACUAGGAGUAACAACAUAACAACACUGUAAAGGAAGGCAGACGUUGUUACAUGAACUUAAAGUACAAUUAAUAAGUACAGUGAAUUGAUUUAAUGUCUAAGUGAAUAUUCAAAAGCUUCACAGAAUCUUUGAAAAAGAUGCAUAUACAGAACUUCUCAGUGCUGUAGAUGAUACACUUAGACCUCGAAGAGCUGGGGGCCUUGAAACCGAAUUUUACGCUUGAAUUGCAGAAACAUCUGGGGCAUACCCUCCUCCAGGACAACCGUACCCACCUGGACCCCUUGGGGGCGAGGCAGCAUACCCCCCUGGACAACCGGGUGGAGCACCUCCUUACCCCACUGGACAACCAGGUGGGGUGCCACCCUACCCUCCACAGUAAUCCGCGCGUCAAGUAAGUGUAUCCCUCUCUUUGGAGAGGGUUUUUAUAGCAGAAAAUAAUAGGACUCCGCUUGACCAUAGUACUGACCUUGUUGUAGCACUCAGUUAUUUUUCUCUAGAUCGAAUAUUCCCCAUAUUGCGCUAAUAGACAUAAUGACAGGAAUAUUACAAUAUUACAAUGUAUGCACCACGCUCGACUGCAUUAUUUAAAGAACUUUACAAAGCACUGACAAUUAUGAACCAACUUUUCCUUUAAUUUCUUAUAUUGCAGUGUGACCGUUGUGGACGGCUUUUGGGAAUUUUUUUGCAGCUUUUUGCUAUUUUGCCACUUGAUUCGUGUUAAAAGUCGGAAAAUAAAUAAACAAAGUAAGAAGUGUGAAUAAAAAAAAAAUAAAAAAGAAAAGAUCUGGUUUAUAAAAUAGACGGUAACAAUAACGAAUAUAUUAUUGAUAAUGAAUAUGAUAAUAAUGAUUUUGUGAUAAAUUAAACUCCUUGUGUUGGAUAUAGAGCGAGUAGAAAUUAGAUAGGCAACAGUCAGUAACCAUUAGGGUACUAUGAUUAUGUCCUUAAUCGGAACUGGUUAGCUCACAUGACCACCACAAACCGCAUAAUAUCAAGUCAAGGUCUUAUAAUUAUUCGAUCUAAAAGAAAUACAUUUUCAGAACGAAUGCAAAUCAAGUCUUCAUCUCGUAAUUGAAUUAAAAAAACUUCAAUUUAAACUUUCUUCUGUGGCGGGUCGUUACAACAGUCUCACUAUACUGAUUAGCAGAUUCUCCAGGUAAGCGAAUUUAGAGACAGAAAAACAAAAACAAAAUAACUUCUUUCUCACUUCGAUUCUGCUAAAAAAUGUGGAAUCUAUUUAUUAGUUUCAUAGUCUAAUUCUAACAGGAUACGAUGGUUUCUUUCACUGUGGUUUAUUUUUCUCUAAAGUGAACUGCAGAUUUGCAAACUAAUGGGGCCGAAAAUUCUCCAGAUAACGUCAUUGUGAGAAAACGCUGUAACAGAUAUAUAUUAAAAAAUCCG